AUUCGUAAUGCCCAACUCUCCUGGAUUCACACGCUCUAAAUUUAGCUGCCUUAAAGUCAGACAGAACAGCAGGAGAGACUUAAAACUCUGAAACACAGAGACUCAACUUUUUGAUUUAAAUGAAGCAUUUCCUGUGCUCUGAAGCUCUCUUUUGGCCUCGGUGAAAUUAAAGAUUGUUGAGCUUUUGGACUGAUGGGAAAAUCAAAGUGUGGAUUCAUGUGGAAAAUGGAAUUCAUCGGGAAUGAAGAGGCAGUCAUGUAAUCUCAGACAACACUGAUAUUUCUCUGCAGGCUCGAUCAAGAUUUUGUUCAGGAGCUGGCCAAAAGUUGCUCCUGCAGAAAUGAGACUCCACUUUUCUUUGUUAGCUGUCUUCAGUCUUUUUGUGUCUCAGUGCCAUGCUGGCUGUUCCGAGGUGGAUUCUCUGACUGAGGCUGUGGCUGGAGAAGGAUUCCUGCUGGGCUGCAUCUCCUGUAAGAAACGAGAGGAGGUCCCUGCACGAGCCACCGUAGACUGGCAUUUCAAGCCUAUGGGAGAGGAGGAGUUCAGGCAUAUUUUCCACUAUGACCACCCUGUAGCCGACAUCCUCCAUGAAGACUUCAGCGACCGCCUGGAAUGGCGCGGCACGCUAAAUGGUGACAUUCAGAUGGGAACCGUUUACGUUAAUAACAUCACCUUCAAUGACACGGGGACGUAUCGCUGCACCUUCCACCGCACCCUCUUCCUGCCGCUGUCUCCUGAGCUUGUCACUGUGGAGAAGGAGGUGGAGCUUAGUGUGGUGGGUGUAGCCAAUCGGGAGCUGACCGAUGUGAUCUCAGAGAUAAUGAUGUACGUGCUGAUCACGUUCCUGCAGCUGUGGCUCAUUGUGGUUCUGAUCUACUGUUACAAGAAAAUUUGGGAUGAGCACGAGGCACGUCAAGCUAGAAAGGCUCAGGCUGGACAGGGAGAAUCCAAAGAUAACUGUGACGGGGUGCAGCUAGAGUAACAUCAGUGGUGAGAAGUUUCAUUGCUACACCACGAUUCUGGUGAAAUGGAGCCCGGGCAGAAGAUCAGAGCAUUUUUUUUCUUUGAGACGGACCUGCUCAUUUCCACCUUUGUGUUUCUUUUUCUUUUGUGGGCUCUGCCAGAGCGGCUUUGCAUGAUUACAACUCAAAAUAAUCCUUAUUUAUCUCAUGCUGGGCCUCGAAGAAGCCUCUCAGAUCGUCCUUUGUGUAAAACAAACUGUUUAGUUCCCUCUUAAGGGAACUUUCUUCUGAUUGUCUGUCGCUCAUAUGUAACACAUUUGAAAAUGUGGGUGGAGCCUUUGUACCUGAGAUGACCUUAUUAGGGAUAUCCCCUCUCUCUGAUGUCAGACAAACUCAAGAGUAGAUAAAUCUGAGUGUGGGCAGUCUGAUGCCUGUGCUGUGAAUUUUGAUUUUGGAUAUUUAAUGCAAACAUCUUGCACUGUAACAUUACAUAAAUGACAGGAAAAAAAGAAAAAGGUCCACUUUGGGUGGAGGUGAGUGUAGAGCUUCUUUAAUUUAAGGCUUAAAGGCGUGAGUAACACCUUUAAAUUACAGAUGUUUAUUAUCUGAUUUACAAAACAUCUAUGAAUCCCUCAUCCUGCAUUACUUUAAAAACACUAAACCUUUAAUGAAGAGUUUUGGGGCGGCAAUCUCAGAAAAAUUAAAGAGUUAGAUUAAAUUACUACUUAUUUGCCACAGGUAAGCUGUACAUGAGUUACCUAAUAUACUUGUUAGAGACUUACAAGUUAGCAGGGACUCGAGAAUAUUCAUUCUCCAUUAAUAAUUCCAGAUAAAUGUGGUCUGUUCUCCCUCUGUGCAUAAAAACAGUAUUAAAACUAAAAGUAUUGCCAGUA